AACGUUUGAUAUCAUCGAGAUUAUACCUUACAAUUUCUAUGUUUAAAAUACCAAAUACAAUCAGCAUAAACAAGUGACGGGAUUUUUCUUCGCAAGUAUUUUCACUGACAGAGGAAUAAAAAAGAAAAGCAGGUAUUUGAAACUAUUUUUCAGAGUAGGUGGAACAUACGGUUGGGAAAGAGAGUAACGGACAAGAUAAUGAACACCGAUGCUCAAAUAGGUCCAAAUCAUCUACACCUACCAGCGCAAUCAGAUUUACCCAUAUCACGAAUAAGAGCACUUCAAAAACUGGGUGGACUACAGAUCAGUCUAGGUGUAAUAUGUGGAAUCCUUGGUAUUGUUGGAGCUAUUUUAAGUACCACCGACAUGGACAGUGAUUGCAAAAAAUAUAACCACUACAACAGCUACUAUAAUUGUGGAAAUGCACACACUAUCUUUGUACUGAAUUUGAUUGACAUGGCUUUUUCUGGUUGGUUUAUACUUACAGGUUGUUUUCCACUAUUUAUGACAGAACAACGUAAAUCUAGCUGGAAAUGCUUAACCAUUGCGUUUCUGGUUUGUAAUAUUAUAUCAGCAGUUGUGUUUUCAUCCACUGUGUUUAGCUUGGCAAUGGUCGGAAUAUCAAUUGCUGCUUUUGAUAAUAACACUGGAAGUACCGGAGGUGUUAUUACAGUGUCUGCUUUCCUUGUUAUAUUGUCCUUCGUCGAAUUUAUCGUGGCCAUUGUUGCUGCAUCAUACUGCUGUUGCUGUUCACAGCUCAAUACUGGAGAUCAACAAGGUGUCAUAUUUAUAGACAUAGCACAAUCUGGAAUGAUGUAUAACAUGCAAAAUACUUCAAUAGCCACAGAAAACCAGCCAGGAAACUAUCAAAUGCCUAUACCCCAUAUGCAAGGAUAUUAUGGUCAACAGCCGACGAUUUUACCUAAUAACCAACAACAACCAGGUCAUUCACAUGGAAAUCAGAUGCCAAUACAGGGAUACUAUGAUCAGCAGGCGGGAAAUAUGAUAAUUAAACAACAACAACAACCUGGUCAUUCACAAGGAAAUCAGAUGCCAAUACAGGGAUAAAAUGGACAGCAACCACCAUCAUUUGUGACGGCUAACCAGCAUCAAAACAUAAACGCACAGCAGUUUUAACACCAAACUGCACCUACUGUAGAUAAAAAAACAUUUCUGUUUGUCGAUAAUUGUAUACGAAGUGAAACGAAAUAAUUUUCAGAUUUAAAAUUACUCAAAUAUUACAAGCGUUCUGUCCUAUGAGAUAAAAUUGUGUGAUAGUAAGGCUUAAGAAAUAAUUGUUACCCAGUGAGAAAACCACUGUAAUUUUGUUUUUGAUAUAUCUCCUCACUAGGAUCACCUUAAAGUAAAAUUAAAUUGUGCAUAUUAUGUUCAGGACAGAUUAAGUUGUGUCAUUAUCGAUAUGUUUUUUGAUAAAAAAUAAUAUCGGUAUUCUAUUGGAACGUUGAUUUCUUACACUGUUUAAUUCUGCAACUCCGUAAGCCUCAUGAUCAUCUAGCUGUUUUGUUUCGAUAAUUGUGCCAUGUUGUUUUCCAUUUCUUAAAUCUUAAUCUGUUUUGCUUAUCUUUUGAAAUCAUUUUGCUGAAAACAAAGUUGUUGAGGAGAUUUCUUACAAUUACAUUAAAUGCAUAAAUUAAAGCGACAGUAGUAUAUUGAUGUUCAAAUUUAGUAAAUCAA